GCCCGGCCCGUCGAACGAGACCGGGAUUCUCCCUGCAUCGCACUGGGAGCCGUUGCCGGCACGUGGUUCAGUUACACCUACACACCUUCACCUACACACACCUUCAUCUCUUCAGCCCUUCACCUUUCGUUGGUGUCGUACCCGUACAUACCACAGGAGUUGCUUCUCGCUAAUACCGGGCGUCCUCGCUUGCCCAAUGCCAGGCCGACGACGAGCUGGACGAUGGCGACUCGGCCUUUGCCGACGUCGCGAGCAGCACCGCAUCGCUCACAAGCAGCAUCCUCAAAUACCGCACUCUCCAUGGCAGGACCUACCACAGUGAGAUCGGCCGGGCUGAGGCCUGGCAGCCUAACGACGAACAGCACGCCCAGGCAAUGGAUCUGCACCAUCACAUGUGCGAGCUCUUGCUGGGCGGCAAGCUCUGUCUGACGCCCCUUGAUCCUGCGAGAGUACAGAAAGUCGUCGACAUUGGGACCGGCACGGGGCUGUGGGCCAUCGACUUCGGCGAAGCCUUCCCCAACGCCGAGGUGAUCGGCACCGACGUCUCGCCCCUGCAGCCGUCCUGGGUGCCGCCGAACGUCAAGUUCGAGCUGGACGACGCUAACCUGGAGUGGACGUGGAAGGCCAACACGUUCGACUUCAUCCACCUCCGCCUGAUGAGCGGCACCAUCUCGGACUGGGCCUCUCUCUACCGCGAAGCCUUCCGCUGCUGCAAGCCUGGCGGCUGGAUCGAGCACCAGGAAGGCUCUUUCAUGUGGCGCUUCGACAAGGGGAUUCCGGAGGACUCGGCGCUGGGCCAGUUCCACAAGGUCUUCUGGGAGGGCGGCAAGAAAUUCGGGCGCACCUUCCGAGUCGUAGAAGACGACAUCCAGCGCAAGUACAUGGAAGAGGCCGGCUUCGUCGACCUGGUCGUCAAGGACAUCAAGUGCCCCUUGGGCGACUGGCCCCUGGAUCCUGCGCAGAAGGAACUCGGCACGUUUGCCAAGGCGACAUUCAUGAGCGACAUCGAGGGAUACCUGCUAUACAUAUUCAAAACAGUCAUGGGCUGGACCGAGGAAGAGACGCUCGUCUACUGCGCCCACCUCAGGCGCCAGCUCAAGGACCCCGAGCUGCAGCCCUACUUCCUCCGCCGCAUCGUGUACGGCCGGAAGCCCGAGGCGUCGUAGAGAUAGACUAGGGGUUUGGAGCCCGCUUCGCGGGCUUGAGGGUUUUUUGUCUGCAUUUUUACAUCACAUGACUU